GCACCGCAGUGACAGAUUUUAAUGCUUGUGCAAGACUGGGACGCUAAAGAAAACUUUUUGUGGGUUGCAGUAAAGUUGCUAUACUGCAGAUUUCUUCAUUUUCUGAGGGUAUUUGUGCAUUUUUAACAUCCUGUUGGAGCUGUGUGGCUGCCAUGCCUUCUUACAUAGUGACUGUGGCCACGGGGAGCCAGUGGUUUGCAGGGACAGACGACUACAUCUACGUAACGCUGGUGGGCUCGGAGAGCUGCAGCGAGAAGACACUGCUGGACAAACCUCUGUACAAUGAUUUUGAGAGAGGGGCGGUGGACUCCUACGAUGUGAAUGUGAGUGAGAACCUGGGUGAGAUUGUGUUGGUGAAGAUAGAGAAGAGAAAGUACUGGAUGCACGAUGACUGGUUCUGCAGGUACAUCACGAUUAAGACUCCGACCGGAGACUACAUAGAGUUCCCCUGUUUCCGCUGGCUGGUGGACGACAAAGAAGUGGUGCUGAGGGAUGGACAAGCAUGUCUGCCUCAGGAUGAGAAGAGCAGCCUGGCCAAGCAGCACAGAAAAAAGGAGCUGGAAAUGAAACGGAGAAUGUACAGGUGGAAGGAGUGGCAGCCAGGCUUUCCCAUGAGUAUAGAUGCAACGAGACACAGAGAUUUGCCACGAGACAUCCAGUUUGACAGCGAGAAAGGAGUGGACUUCAUUUUGAACUACAGUAAGGCAAUUGAGAAUCUGUUUGUGAACCAGUUUAUGUACAAGUUCCAGUCCUCGUGGAGUGACUUCGCUGACUUUGAGAAAAUCUUUGUGAGAAUCAAAAACACAAUCUCAGAGUAUGUGAUGCAGCAUUGGAAAGAGGACUUCAUGUUUGGUUAUCAGUUGCUGAAUGGCUGCAACCCCGUUGUCAUCCAAAAGUGCCUUAGACUUCCUGACAAAUUUCCUGUCACACAUGAGAUGGUUGCGGUCAGUCUAGAGAGAGAACUGACUCUGGAUCAGGAAAUCGAGGCAGGUAACAUCUACAUCUUGGACUAUGAGGUGUUAGAUGGCAUCACUCCUAACUGUACAGACCCGUGCACGCUGCAGUACCUGGCAGCUCCCAUCUGUCUUCUCUAUAAGAACAUACGGAACAAAAUCCUACCCGUGGCCAUACAGCUGGGGCAAAAACCAGGUGAGGACAAUCCCAUCUUCCUGCCCACUGACACAGAGCACGACUGGCUGCUGGCAAAGAUCUGGGUUCGCUCGGCUGACUUUCAGUACCACCAGACCAUCACACAUCUGCUGAGGACACAUCUGAUGACUGAGGUGUUCGCCAUCGCCAUGUACAGGCAUCUCCCAGCUGUCCACCCUUUAUUUAAGCUACUUAUUCCACAUGUUCGCUUUACCAUCGCGAUCAAUACCAAAGCGAGAGAACAACUCAUCUGUGAGUUUGGAAUCUUUGACAAGGCUAAUGCUACCGGUGGCGGGGGUCAUGUCGAGCUUGUUCAGAAGGCCAUGAAGUCUCUGACUUUCAGAUCCCUGUGUUUUCCUGAUGCUGUUAAGGCCCGCGGUGUGGACAGCAAGGAGGAAUUGCCCACCUACUUCUACAGAGAUGACGGAUAUCUGGUGUGGGAGGCCACUAUGAGCUUUGUGUCUGAUGUGGUUGCUAUUUACUACACCAGCGAUGAGUCAGUUCAGGAAGAUGAAGAAGUCCAGGCCUUCGUUAAAGAUGUGUGCAGCUUUGGCAUGCAGGACUUCGAUAGCUGUGAGUUUCCCAAGUCACUGAAAACACGUGAAGAGUUGACAGAAUACCUGACAGUCAUUGUGUUCACUGCUUCAGCCCAGCAUGCAGCUGUCAACUUUGGACAGUACGACUGGUGCUCCUGGAUCCCUAAUGCCCCAUCCACGAUGCGGAGGCCUCCUCCCAAAGAGAAGGGCUUGGCUAAUGUAGACUUGAUCAUCGAGAGCCUUCCUGAUCGCGGACGUUCCAGCUGGCACCUGGGAGCCGUGUGGGCACUUAGUCAGUUUCAGCAAAACGAGCUCUACCUGGGGAUGUAUCCAGAUGAGCACUUCAUAGAGAAGCCGGUGAAGGAUGCCAUGGGAAGGUUCAGGAGGCAGCUGGCAGAGAUUACCAGCACCGUAAAGAAAAGGAACGAAGGGAAGAGGCUGCCGUACCACUACCUGUCCCCUGACAGGAUCCCCAAUAGCGUUGCAGUUUGAAGAGCAGAACUCCACAGAUGUCUCAUUUCAGCAUUUUAAUAAUGUUAGUGAUGUAGUAAAGUGUUGCAUUACUGAAAGAUUUUGACAGUUUGGCAUCAAAGACAUCUGUGACCACAACAGAAAAUAAUUUGACUCUGUUUUGCCGCUUGGUUCACAUGGGAAGAAUAUUACAAACCUGUUUUGGGACGUCCUGACGGAUGAUAACCAAACUGCAAAACGCUGUGCUUCAGUGUACGCAUCAUCAACACAACCAAUCACGCCGUUCAUUUAGUAUUUCCUGCACGAUACUUGAUCUUUACUUUUGCUUCUCACCAAUAAAAUGUGAAGCU